CCCUUGUCCACCAUGUCAUUGACAUGCACCACACUCUCCAUGGCUGAUAUCGAGGGGUCCCCAGACAGCACACGAAGCUUGAAGCGUCGACGCUUUUCGCGACCGCCCAGCUCCGACCCUCUCCCACUGCUUACCACUGCAUUAGACUUCAGCGAUGGUCUCAGUCGCGGAACAAUUCACAAGACGUUCUGGUUUCCUGAUGGCGAUUUUGUACUCGAGAUAGAGCAGAGACUGCUCAAGGUUCAUCGAAAGCGACUCCUAUGCUCUGCAGUAUUUGCCGACAUGUUGUCAUUACCGCAACCGCCACCCGCCGAACUGGACCGCGUAGAUGGUUGUCCAAGUGUGGCAUUGUUUGGUGAUGCAUUGGCCGACUGGGAAGUCGUUUUACGAUGGAUAUAUCAGAAUGCAGAGAUCCUUGCACAGGGCCAAGGAGUCACUUUCGACACUCUCGCCUCCACACUGCGGAUCUCUACAAAGUAUGAUAUUCCCGACCUGCGUGAAUGGGGCGUCAAGCAGCUGAAAGCACGAUGGCCUGUCGACGCUGUCAAUAUGCGUGCUCAUGCUCUUCCGCACGCUGCUGAGGCAAUAACUCUUGCACAUGAGUGUCAAGUCCCCGAAAUUCUUCCUUCCGCCUUUUACGCACUUUCUGUCCAAAAGUUUCAUGGAUGUGGUGAUGGUGGUCGUUCACACCUUGUUCUCUCUCCUCUCGACCUCCGUCGUCUGCUCGCCGGACGUGAAGCACUCCAGGAUGCACUUGUCCGAAUUAUAAUCGACCCUCUCACUGAACCGAAUUGUUACAGCAACGAUUCAUGUCGGCAAUGCACCCCAUUUCGCUCCGAGUACUGGCGUAAGAAGCUUACGCCAGACGCCAAAGCUCCAUGGAACACCUGGCUUAUUCGCGAGCUGGAGAUAAUGCAAGAUGACGAGGCAUUUAUGGACACCCUUUGCACGGACUGUCGGCACGCACAUGCCACCACGGUUCGAUGGAGAUUGGGCAAGUUAAGAGGGUCGCUUUCCACCUACUUCCAGCUCUAA